GGGAGCGCGCCGGGGUCAUGUCGGCGCCGCCGGCGCUGCAGAUCCGCGAGGCGAACGCACACCUGGCGGCUGUGCACCGGCGCGUCGCGGAGUUGGAGGCGCGGCUGGACGCGGCGGAGCGCACAGUGCGCGCCCAGGCCGAGCGCCUGGCCCGCCACGACCAGCAGCUGCGCGCUGCCCUGGACGAGCUGGGCCGUGCCAAGGACUGUGAGAUUACGGCUCUCCAGGAGCAGCUGCUGACCUCCGAAGCCACUGUCCACAGCCUGCAGGCUGCUGUACGCCAGAGGGAUGAGCUCAUUGGGCAGCUGCAGCCCCGGGCGGAGCUGCUGCAGGACAUCUGCCGUCGCCGGCCACCCCUGGCCGGGCUGCUGGCCGUCCUGGCGGAGGCUGAACGCCUGGGGCCCCUGCCAACCAGACACCCCAGCCACCCACUCCCUGGUGGGCUCAGUCCACGCCUUGCCAACAGCACUGGGGAAGAGGAGGACAGGGACCGCCUGCAGCCUGCAGUGUUUGGGACCACGGUGUGAGCCCCGGAGCGCAGAUUACACAAUGGAGACAGAGUUCCACUGCUGUGGGUGUCCUUAGGGGUCACCAGUGUCCCAGAGGGGGCCCCGUGACAGAGCCAUAAUCCUUUGCAAGCAUCAAAACCUGCUAAAAAGUCAUAGAUUUCAAACAGGCAGCCCAAGGCCCAAAGGCAUAUUUAGCCCAAAUUUUUCUUUCUUUUUUUAAGAUUUUAUUUUUAAGUAA